AUGGGGCGUGUCAUCAGAAAUUUAGUUGAGAUGAAGGUCACUAAUUGUGCCAGAUUUUUAAUGCAGUUGGCCGUCUUCGCACUUACUACAGGUAUUUAUGUGGAUGAACCGUUAGUCUAUGACAACUUCCCGUCUGACUUCAUGUGGGCUGCGGCUACAAGCGCUUAUCAGAUCGAAGGCGGAUGGAAUGCUGACGGCAAAGGACUAAGUAUCUACGACGUCUGGAUGAACGAUCCAAAUCACGUGUCUGACGGAUCGUCCGGAAAAGUAGCUUGUAACAGUUACUACUUCUUCCAAAAGGAUAUUGAAGCCCUUCAAAAAUUAGGAGUAAUCUUAAAUGUUACUCAUUAUCGAUUUUCUAUUUCCUGGGCCCGAGUUCUCCCCAACGGCAUCGGUGAAGUUAACCAGGCAGGAAUUGAUUACUACAAAACGUUGAUAGCGGCGCUUAAAGCCGCCAAAAUCGAACCAAUGGUGACCUUGUAUCACUGGGACUUACCACAAGCACUAGAACUGAUUGGGGGAUGGCUAAAUAUAAGCAUUGUCGAUUGGUUUGAAGAAUAUUCUCGUCUCUGUUAUACUGAGUUUGGCAACGACGUGAAAUAUUGGAUCACUAUAAACGAACCAUGGGUCAUUGCAUAUCAAGGAUACGGUUCUGGAAAUACUGCGCCAGGGACAUACGGGCCAGGUACUUACACCUAUCAGGUGGGUCACCAUAUUAUUUUGGCUCACGCCAGAGCAUAUCGAGCAUAUGAAACCUCAUUCAAACCAACUCAAAACGGGAAAGUUGGAAUAACGGUUAAUAUCAACUGGUACGAUCCGAAAGACGACCAAUUAGAAAAUAUUGAAGCGGCCGAAAGGGCAUUGCAAUUUCUUGGAGGUUGGAUUGCCAAUCCCAUUUACGGCACUGGAGAUUAUCCAGACGUCAUGAAACAAAAAAUCGGCAAUAAGAGCGCACAACAAGGAUUUAAUCAAUCGCGACUACCGGAAUUCACGGCUGAACAAAAGAUUUUGGUACAAGGCAGUGCAGAUUUUUUUGGACUUAACUAUUAUACCAGUUACCUGACCGCUAAUAAGAUUCAAGAUAUAUCAAUAAUCGAUUAUGGUUACGACCAAGAUAUCGAGAGCUAUUCUGACCCAACUUGUUAUCAGUAA